AUGUCCAAAGACACACCAAAGAAUGACAAGCCCUCUGUGGGAUGGAUCGGACUCGGGGCGAUGGGUAGUGGCAUGGCAACUAGCCUCGCUUCCCAAGCCUUCUCUGUCAAAGCCUACGAUGUCUAUCCACCAUCGUUAGGCAAUGUUGCCGCCGCCGGUGUCACAGCCGCCUCUUCCCCUCUUGAAGCCACCCAGGGUGUCGACAUCUUGUGCUUGAUGGUUGUCAAUGCGGCACAAGUCGGGGAUACGCUUUUUGGCAAAGAAGGAGUUGCAGAGGCAUUGAAAGACGGGUCAGUAGUGGUCAUCUUCUCAACGGUGCCACCAAGUUUCUAUAACGCAUUGAGGGACGAGUUUGCGAUCAGGGGUAUGAACAUCGGCCUUGUAGACUCUCCCGUAUCUGGAGGCUCCGUUCGAGCUUCUCAGGGCCAGCUUGCCAUCAUGGCCUCCGGCCUUCCCGCACACAUCGCCCACGCCCAACCUGUCCUGUCUGCCCUGACUCAGAAGCCUCAAGGCGCACUUUCGAUCGUCGGGAACGAAGUAGGAGUAGCCAGCAACUUCAAGAUGAUCAACCAAGUAUUUUGUGCUGUACAGAUCGCCGCUACUGGGGAAAGUCUAGCUUUCGCAAAGGCAUUGGGACUGAACGUAAGGAUGGCUUGGGAUGUCAUCGCACAUAGUAGCGGAGAGAGCUUUAUGUUCACGGCCCGAGGACCAUGGUCGUUCCGACCAGACGGUACGAUCAAAUCAGGCAUGGGCAUCAUCAACAAGGACAUCGGUAUCGUCAUGUCUGAAGCUCGCAAAGCCCACCUCCCAGUCCCGCUCAGCUCCGCCGCCGAAACCCUCUACACAGCCGCAUCCGCAGCCGGCCUUGACAAGGUCGAUGACGCGCGCGUAUCACUGUUAUGGGAAAAGUUUGGCGUGGGGUCUAUUCCCGAGCAAGGGACAGAAGAAGAAGAGAAGGAUAAAGCCAGGCUGCUCGAGGUGGAGAAGACAGGGAAUAUUGGAAAGAUUCUCCUGAUUGGGAGUGGGGACUUUUACACGGCAAAGCUGGAGAAGGCUGGAGGAUCCGUCAUCCUUUUCGACCCCAUCGCAGAGGGCUUCGCGACCAAGAGCGGAGACGAGUACUCGUCGCAUCUCGAAGAUCUCAAGGAGAGGAUCAAAGGGAUUGGGGGUGUCGUGAUCACGGGGGAGCAGAGUGCCGAGGAACUCCUCCUGGGAUCGAGGGGCUACUUGGGGGUUGCUUCAAUCAUCGAACAGUCUAUUCCAGUGAUCGUCAAUCAAACCAUCCCAUCGUCUCUUGCAAACACGCUAUCCGCCGCUCUCUCCUCUCGUGGGCUUCACCUGAUCAACGCUCCCAUCACUCACCCCAUCUCUCCCAUAAUCUUUGCAUCCGCCUCUUCACCAAGUCAGCUAUCCUCCGCCUACCCUAUCCUCUCUGCACUGUCCGACAAGGUUCACUUCAUCCCUGGAGACGUCACAGCAGCUUCCAAAGUCAAAGCCGUCAACUCGCUACUGGAAGCUAUCCAUCUGAGUGUAUUCUGCGAAGGGUUUGCUCUGGCUGCCAAAAAGGGGAUGGACUUGGACACUGUUUAUCAGGUUGUAGCCAAUGGCGCUGCGAGGUCCUUCAUCAUGGUCGACCGAUGGUCCCGUUUGCAGGACCCCGAGCCCGAGGUCUGGAACACCCUCCGAUCUCUCCACCAUGAUUUCGCUGUAGUGAUCCAAGAAGCCAAGAGUGUUCAAUGUCCGCUGUUCUUGGGGCAAGCUGCUGGUCUACAGCUGGAGCGCGCGGUUGGGGCAGGCUGGCGUGAUCAAGACGACGUGUUUUUGAGAAGGCUUUGGGAAGGAGAGGGGGUGUUUUUGGCGAAGAAGUCCCAAAAGAUUGAUUAA